AUGCCGUCUGGGUUCAAACUAAACUAUCGUCUGGACCUCGCCAUUGAAUGCGUGAAGCUCUUUGGACCACCGAAUCUCGUAUCCUUCGCCAUACUUUACUACCUCGUUCCUGCGAAGCUUCUCGGUGGUUACUUCACUCGAGGUCUUUGGCAGUACUUCCUGGUCCUGGUAUACUUGUGGACAUGGGAUAAAUAUGGGCAGUGGAAAGGCCGACGAGAGGCCAAGAAGCUGGGGGCGGUUUUCAUUCCUAGAGUCAAAGGUAAAUGGCCUGGCAACCUUGAUCUCGGCAAACGCAUGUUGGAUCAAAUCGGGGAAAGCUACUUUACUGAGGCCAUGGAGCAGUUUUUCGGAGAUAAUGACACGAUCAAUUUUGGAGCGUUGUGGACAGAUGUCUAUGUCACUCGGAGUCAUACCGUCACCCAAGCCGUGUUGGCGCAAACCUUCGAAACCUUCCAUAAGGGAUAUGAACUUCGCUCUUUGCUUCAUGGAUUGCUCGGAGAGGGUAUUUUCGCAAGUGAUGGUGCUGAGGCUAAAACUCAUAGAGCAGUGAUGCGACCUUUUUUUGGCAAAGAGCGCGUCCGGGACCUUAACCUCCUAGAUCACUACGUCGAAAAGAGCGUAGCCCUCAUUCACGAGCGAGCUCAACAAGGUCUAUCCAUUGACGUUCAGGAUUUAUUCCGACGUUUCACCAUGGACGCGGCUGGCGAAUUCCUGUUUGGUUCCAAGGAUUUCAACACUCUGGACCGACCACUCCCAGUUCCAAGCAGCGUUGGGCUCAAGGCCAAUGCGACCGAACUCGAUCAGGGCCCUUACGGAGAACUGGUCCUCGCGUUCGAUAAGCUUCAGGAGAUCAUCGCGAUUCGGAGUAUCAGUGGGAGGUGGUGGGCGAUUCGGGAGUUUUGGAAAGAUGAGACGGUAGGGUAUAACAAGGUUGUGGACCGGUUCGUUUUGCCGCUUGUUCACAAGGCGUUGAAUAAUAAGAAGUUGAGGGGGGGUAAGAAGUGUGACGUUCAGGAUGGGAACUUUGUGGAUCAUUUGGCGGAUGCGGUGAGCGAUGUUAAAGUGAUCCGUGAUGGGUUGUUCAAUCUCCUCAUAGCGGCUCGAGAUACUACAGCUUCUAUGUUGACAUUUACCGUCUACCUACUCUCCUUGCAUCCUGAAAUACUCGCCAAGUUGCGCAAGGAAGUCGUAUCGAUCGUUCCAAGCGGACCCCCCACUUUUGACGACAUGCGGAAAAUGCCACUUUUGCGUGCCGUUCUCAACGAAUCGUUGCGCCUCUUCCCUCCAGCUCCCAUGAACGCUCGAAGUUCCAAAUCGGCCUGCCUCGUACCCGGCGAUAAGCAAUCGGGUGGGAAGCCGUACUACAUUCCAGGAAGUGAAAAACGGGUUUGCUACCUUACGUUCCCUUUGCAUCGAAAGAAGGACGUGUGGGGUGAGGAUGCGGAAGAGUUCGUUCCUGAUCGUUGGAUCGAUAAGGAUGAGACGCAGCGGGUGCAGAGACCUCAUAUUUAUCCGUUUGGCGCUGGACCGAGGAUCUGUCCUGGUCAGGAGUUCGCAUACAUCGAAUCAAGCAUCAUGAUGAUCCGUAUUCUUCAAGUUUUCGAUACGUUCACACUACGCCAGAAGGAAGAUGCUCCUCCUGGUUCAUUACCACCAAAGUCCUGGGAGGGUGCUCCAGGUAGAAAAGGCAUCGAGCAGAUUUGGCCAACGCUGGCUGUUGUCUUAUACAUCAAGGUGGGUUCAAGAUUAUAUAUAUAUACGCGCGAAUAA